AGUCUUGCAGAGUAGUGUAGUGGUAGUGCUAGUGAGUGACGGAAAGGUUGAGUCCUCUGUCUCCCUUUCUCUCCCUCUCUCCCUCUCUCUCUCUCACUCUGUUUGGACUUGUAUUCCCUCGCCCUUCUCAGCUCCCGUUCAAAGGGGCAGGGAAAAGUGCUGUUUUUCAAGUGAUAAUUCGACCGGUUGCGGAGCAGCUCUGAUAAUUCGAGAACGGUGAGGCUCCUAUGACCGCAUCCAAGAGGAGCAGGGAGGUGCUAGCCAUGGAAACGAACCACCCGGACCACGUGAUAUCCUUCGGGAAGAAGACCGGCUGCUACAUCAGCCGAGGCGUCGCUGCUCUUCUCGGGGUCUUCUUCGUCAGCGGCAUUGUAGCCACGGGCCUACUCGUUUAUUACUACGCCCCUCUCAUCAGAAACGGCCAGCAAGAGCCCUUCAUACUGGACACACCACUGACAACUGCGCCGCCUAUGCUGACAAUAGCAAAAAAACCCAUCGCUCCCAUGACACACUCAUCGACCACUUCAUCCCCUAUACCGACUACCACAACAACCGCUACAACAACCACUACCACCAAAACUACUACUACCACCAAUGCUUCAACCUCCACUGAAGCGACGGCGGAAAAGGAAAAACUGGAUGUAAGGUUACCUCGGGCACUGAAGCCUUUACAUUACUUGGUGAAACUUCAGCCUUACAUCAACGGAAACUUCAGCAUCACUGGCUACGUAGAGGUGGAGAUGGAGGUCUUGGAACCUACUUCUAACAUCACGCUGCACAUUUCAGAUAUCAUAACGCACAACGACACCAUCAAAUUGAGACAAUCUGGGAACCUGGAGAGCCCUCUCCUUAGCAUCAAUAAGCACGAAUAUGAUCGCGAGAGGGAGUUCUAUAUCGCGCACCUGGACGAACCUCUGGAGCAGGGCCAAAAAUACAUCCUUUCCAUGCACUUCUUAGGAUACCUCAACGACCAGCUGGAAGGGUUCUACCGCUCCACCUACAAAGAUGACGAUGGCACAGACAGAUUACUAGCGGCGACCCAGUUCCAGGCGACGGACGCCCGCAAGGCUUUCCCAUGCUUUGACGAGCCUGGACUGAAAGCGACCUUCGAAGUUUACUUGGCCAGAGAGAAGAACAUGACCUCAAUUUCCAACAUGCCCAUCAUAGAGACCAUUCCAGUUGAAGGUCAGGAGAACUGGGUAUGGGAUCAUUAUGACACAAGUGUCCCUAUGUCAACAUACCUCGUGGCCUUCGUCGUGUCCGAUUUCGUUAACUUGGCUUCGACGACUUCAAACAACAACACGCUGUUCCGAGUAUGGGCCAGAGAACCUGCCAUAGAGCAGGCCGAGUAUUCGAGGCAGGUUGGGCCUGCCAUCCUCACCUACUUCGAGGAGUACUUCAGCGUACCUUACCCACUGCCAAAACAGGACAUGAUUGCCAUACCGGACUUCUCAGCUGGGGCUAUGGAAAACUGGGGCCUUAUCACUUACAGGGAGACUGCCAUGCUUUAUGACCCCAAAGUCUCUGCAGCAUCCAACAAGCAGUAUGUGGUCUCCGUCAUUGCUCACGAACUGGCCCAUCAGUGGUUUGGUAACAUCGUCACCCCGAAGUGGUGGACCGACCUCUGGCUCAAUGAGGGAUUCGCCUCUUACGUGGAAUACAUUGGCAUCGAUCACGUUGAACCUUCGUGGAAGGUCAUGGAGCAGCUGGUCAUCAAGGAAGUUCAAGCCGUGUUUGGCCUCGACAGCAUGGAAUCAUCUCAUCCUAUCAGUAUCCCAGUUCAGCAUCCAGAUGAGAUUAGUCAGAUAUUUGACAGAAUUUCGUACGCUAAAGGUGCUGCUAUCAUCCGGAUGAUGAACCACUUCCUAACAGAGGGCAGCUUUAGAAGAGGACUGGCCAAUUAUCUAGAUUCAUUUAAAUACGACAAUGCCGAGCAAGAUGACCUCUGGCACUAUUUGACCAUGUCUGCGCACGAAGACGGGACUCUGCCCAAAGACCUGGCGGUGAAAACGAUCAUGGACACCUGGACGCUGCAGAUGGGGUAUCCGGUCAUCAAGGUGGAGAGGAGUGAAGAUGGGAUGUCUGCAUCAGUGACUCAGGAAAGAUUCUUGAUUGUCAAAAACGAGAACUCAACCGACGACCACGACUACAAGUGGUGGGUCCCUCUGAACUACGCCACGGCCGAGAACCCCCAGUUCAAUCAAACUCAGGCCAAGAUCUGGAUGAAGGACUCCGAGUCGGAGAUAAGCAUUUCGUCGCUUCCCCCCAGCAACCAAUGGGUCAUCUUCAACAUCCAGGAGACCGGAUAUUACAGGGUCAACUACGACGACAACAACUGGAAUCUGCUCAUCCAGCAGCUCCAGACAGACCACACGGUUAUCCAUUCUAUCAACCGCGCCCAGAUCAUCGAUGACGCUAUGAAUCUCGCAAAGGCUGGUCAACUCAGUUACGACACAGCACUUGCCCUCUACGGCUACCUGGGAAAAGAGCAAGACUACGUGCCAUGGUCAGCGGCUAUCAAUAACCUGGGCUUCCUUAAAAGCAUGUUCUCACGGGCAGGAGGAUAUGGCGCUCUCAAGAGGUACCUGCUGGACAUCCUCGUUCCUCUUUACGAAAGCGUCGGCUUCCAGGACAGCCCCAACGACCCCCUGUUGGUGCAGUACAAACGCCAGAAAGCUUUAGCUUGGGCUUGCGCCUUGGGACACAAGGACUGCCUUGACAACGUUGUCGCUCUGUACCGCGAGUGGAUGCAGAAUCCUGCCAACACAAGUAUCAUAUCACCGAAUCUGAAGUCCACCGUGUACUGCCGUGCCAUCGCUGAGGGGGGCGAAGAGGAAUGGAAUUUCGCUUGGGCCCAAUACCUUAAGUCCAACGUAGGAGCCGAGAAGGCCAGACUUCUCUCGGCCAUGGGAUGCACCAAUGAAAUCUGGAUUUUAUCACGAUACCUCGAGAUGGCCUUUGCAAGCGACAGCGGCAUCAGGAAGCAGGACGCCUCCCGGGUGUUCGGGGCCGUUGCUGGGAACAUCGUGGGUCGGCCUCUGGCCUGGAACUUCCUUCAGGAUCAGUGGGAUAUGAUCUACGAUUUCUACGGGAAAGCUAAGCCGCCUUUGAUCAAGUACGCAACAACAAGCUUCAACACUGCCCAGCUGCUCAAGGAGGUCGAACUGUUCCAGGAGGAGCACGCCAGCGAGCUGGGCUCUGCCACCAGAACCGUUGGACAGGUGAUCGAACGCACCAAGAUCAACAUCGCUUGGAUGAAUACCAACUACGACGUGAUCGUUCAGUGGCUGGACCAGAAUGGCUAUUCCACUAAACUUACCAAUGCUUAGGAGCUCCGCAGUGAAGGUCUCCCCAAGGAGACGACGGCACCAACGAUGGGAGGAUAAUCCUCUAUGUUUGUGGUUACAGGUAUUCCACAAAUAUUGACUCUUUUCUCUAAAAUUCUACGCAAAGUAGAACGACUACAGCCAAGAUCUCUGAUGCAUUGCUUAUUUCCAUUUCUUUUUCUUUUCCUUCUUUUUUUUAUUUUUUUUCCAUAGAGAACGAAAAAUCUUUUAGUAGUGGUUACCGUCUAUCGGGAACAUUAGGCCUAUACCACAGGUCUUCCGGUCCCUUCGAAGUUUUCUUUCUUUUUAGGCCUAAAAAUUUACUUUGACGGCACUCAAUUUUCUGCAUCGUACUAUAAAUUUGAAGUCAUUUGUAUUUCUAGCGGGUUGAAGGCAGCUUGUUAGACCCAUAGUUCAAGUUGUAUGAAACAGAAAGGCAGUCUUACCAAGGCUUAUUGUAUCACAUGAUGAGGGCAAACGAUGGCAGCGUUUAUUAAGAAGUAUAAAUUCUCCAGUCAUAUUUUUGCUCUUCAUCAUCAUGGAUAUAAACAUAUUUCAUUCGUGGCGUUUUUCACAUUCCCGUUCACCAUAGCGGAGGGAGCUCUGGGCAUCAGCCAUCUAUCUAGGCGACUAGGUAGUUGAUAACGAGCAUUACUCAUCAUUUACGUUUCCAUUACACAAAGCAACGACAUUGCACCCAUGAUGUGUGUCAUAUCUAUGAUGUAAUAUUAUUCACUUCAUCGACAGAAAUGGCGGAACUCCGGUGAAAAUGGGAUUUCCUGUUUCAGACUUCAUAGUAAUCAUCUUACUGUAUCAUGAUGUACAGCAAUGUAUAUUUGUAGCUUUUGUAAUCGAUGUACAGCUGUUUCAUGGACAUCGUGUGGUUAGCGUCGUGUUAAUGCUGCUUCUCUUUUGUUAUAGAGUUUCUCAUUUGUCAUUUGCUAAGUGGCCCCUUGGGCAGUUUCCAUGAAUAUGGCGGUCGCAGAAAAGUCCCCUGGCCAGUGGAAAGAGACUGCAUCCCGAGACCUUCUUCUUGGCAGAAAACAGUCUCAAAACGCUCUCUCUCUCUCUCUCUCUCUCUCUCUCUCUCUCUCUCUCUCUCUCUCUCUCUCUCAAAUAAUUAUUUAUCGCCGAAAAACCCGAUUUGUUGGUAACAAAUGUGGGACGAAGUGACGGUGGAAAACUGACCACAAAUUUUUUACAAGCUCAAAAUCUCAGACAUGACGUUAGUAUCUUUGUUAUUUCAUUCCUUUUCUCCACUCUUAACAGCAUAAAGAAGGAAAGAUGUCGGUAUCUCGGUUGUCUAUGAAUAUUAUUAACAAAUGUCAAGUACUUGAAAACUUGACAAUAAAAGAAAAAAAACCUUGCUACGCGAGAAUCAAUUUAUUUUUAUCUUUUCUCUCUCUCAAACUAAAUGAGAAAAAAAAACCAUAACCACCCGGAGCGACUUUCUUUACCGGCGCAUAUCCCAGCAAACUGUCACAUAGCAGCUACCAGUAUUUGCUGAGCAAUCUUGACACAGAUCAUUGACCUUCGCCAGCAAUUUUGCCGCACUGCAGUAAAAUAAGGACUAUUCGAUUUGCUUCAUAAUUUUAACAAGUGACAGUGUGCAUGCGUUGUUUUAUUAUUUCACAAAAGCUCGACCAGGAUGAAAAUCAAUGCCUUUCGAUUAACGGAAAUGCGAUAAAGCAUGAGACUGGCCUCUAUUGACAUUAUGCACCAGAAGAAAAGAAUAAUUAUCAGGUAUUGUUGCAAAAAAUACUUGUUGUAUUUUUUUAAGCAAACUUUGAAGCCAUAAGAAGGUCGUUUUUCUCAGAUGAAAGUUAACGAUCGGCGUCAGAGUCAGCUUCCUCUCCCUGCACAACUUUCGGCGUCAAGAAAGACGUACCUUCACCGGCAGCGCUUUGAGAACAGACAGCGGGAUCUGCUCGUCUGUAGCUACUUCCUUCCCUUAAGCUACGUUUCAAAAUGUACAGAACUGAUGUUAUAAAUAUAAUUAACAAUCAGUGACAAUUGCUAUCUUGUAUCUAACCGAGAAAGUACACCAAACACUUAUGUACCAGGAAAAUUAUGUUCAGAUGGAUCAUGCAAAAUCAUUUGGAUAAAUCUCUCUCUCUCUCUCUCUCUCUCUCUCUCUUACACACACACACAAACACGGUACCUUCACGACAUCAGUCAUUGACUCAGCAUUACUUUCCAAACACCAGUAAACUUCGGGAGAGUGCUUAGCAAAGCAAGAGGAAAGCCAGGGGAGGGGAUCCACAUCCACUACCGUAUGAGAAUACCAUUCCAUUCCAUGAACACUGAAUAUCCUCGGUGUUUUUACUCGAAAAAUGACGAAAGACAAUGCAAAGUUUCGACGCACAUUUCUGAAAUCGUCGAAUUUUCUUUGAGAUAUAUAUACGCUGCUUCAUUUCUGUUUGUUCUAUUUUUUAAGGAUCUUACAACAUGAAAAAAGAUCGGUCCUCUGAAAAACAAAAACUGGAGACAAUUACUCCCAUUAUAUUUGAGCGGAUGAAUAAUUGGUUGUGGUAAUAAUAUUUGCAUAUUAUAUGUAUGUAUGUAGGUUUGAAUGCUGCACACACAAUCAUAUAUAUUUUAUUAUUUAUAUACACAUAUAUUAAUAUAUACAUACAUACAUACACACACACAUAUAUAUAUUAUACGUGUGUGAUAGCGCGCGUUUGCAAGUGUGCAUGAGUUUCUAGGCGCUGAUAUAUCCAUAAUAUACGCAAGCACCUCCUUGUCCAAUUAUUGGCAAAUAUAUUUAGCAUACGGCCUUGUGCGCAGUAAUAAUAAUUGGUUCGAAUAUGUUAAGUGUUACACUAUAACACUAGAAAUUAACUUGUUUCUUUGGCAUCCUCUCUUCUAGCAUCCUAUAUUUUAAAAAAAUAUAUUUUCACUAUUAAGGUUGUUGUUGACUUAAAUUUAUUAUUAUUAUUAUUAUUAUUAUUAUUAUUAUUAUUAUUAUUAUUAUUAUUAUUAUUAUUAUUAUUAUAAUGUAAAUUCUUAUUCUCCUAUAAUAUAUUAUGAAUACGAGUUCUGUUAUCACAUGAUAUCACAAUGUAUCAUGGCCAUAGUGAUUAUUCAUAGACGAUAUAUAUAUAUAUAUAUAUAUAUAUAUAUAUAUAUAUAUAUAUAUAUAUAUAGAUAUAUAUAUAUAUAUAUAUAUAUAUAUAUACGAAUUGUGAUUUUAUUUAAUAAUGUACUGUAUUACCUCGGCCAAGCUUUUUCUAUGGAGGUCGUGUUAAUAUGGGUGUUGAAUAUUGUUUCUUAUAUAAAAUUCCGUGUUUCGAUGCUGCUUUUAUCCUGUUACUAUUCCUUUUUCCGUGGAACUUUACCCAAGCUGUGCACAUCAUUGCGACUGUGAUGGUGCACGUAACAAAAGACCCAGAUUAGGCUAUGGUAGCCUCCUCUGAUUAAUUUCUUGUUUUUUUUUUAUUUGUAUGAUUUCUUUCACGAGAACCACUACUGUCAUAAUGGAGUGCUCAGCUCAAGUAAAGAAUGACCCCUUUUCUACUAAUUUUCGUAAACAAAUCAUUAAUGUGUAUUUGAAUGUUAAUGUCAGUAAAAAACCAUAGAUUAAUUUCCUCGUCUUAUCAGUGAUGGGGAUAAUAAAGUUAUCAAAGAAAAAUAAA